CCACCUGCCCGCUCUGCUCCCUCUCAGGAUGAAGGUCGCUAUGGGCCCAGACCCUUCCCUGGCCUACCGGCCUGAGCUGGACGGGGAGGCGGCCAAAGACAAGGGCGGCUUCCGGAACUACACCUCCGGCCCGCUCCUGGACCGCGUCUUCGCCACCUACAAGCUCAUGCACACGCAGCAGACGGUGGACUUCGUCAGGAAGAAGCACGCCCAGUUCGGGAGCUUCUCCUACAAGAGGAUGACGGUCAUGGAGGCCGUGGACAUGCUGGACGAGCUGGUAGAUGAGUCAGACCCGGACGUGGACUUCCCCAACUCCUUCCACGCCUUCCAGACGGCCGAGGGCAUCCGCAAGGCCCACCCAGACAAGGACUGGUUCCACCUCGUGGGGCUCCUGCACGACCUGGGGAAGGUCCUGGCUCUGGCGGGGGAGCCCCAGUGGGCGGUCGUUGGAGACACCUUCCCGGUCGGCUGCCGUCCCCAGGCGUCUGUGGUUUUCCGUGACACCACCUUCCAGGACAACCCGGACCUCCAGGAUCCUCGAUACAGCACGGAGCUCGGCAUGUACCAGCCCCACUGCGGCCUUGAGAAUGUCCUCAUGUCCUGGGGCCACGACGAGUACAUGUACCAGGUGAUGAAGUUCAACAAAUUCUCUCUCCCGCGGAAGGCCUUCUACAUGAUCCGGUUCCACUCCUUCUAUCCGUGGCACACGGGAGGUGACUACCGGCAGCUGUGCAGCGAGCAGGACCUGGCCAUGCUGCCCUGGGUGCAGGAGUUCAACAAGUUUGACCUGUACACCAAGUGUCCCGACCUGCCAGACGUGGAAAAGGUGAGGCCCUACUACCAGGGGCUCAUUGACAAGUAUUGCCCUGGGGUCCUGAGCUGGUGA